AUGCUCUCGAAACUUGCCUCUGGUCAAAUUUCAGGUUUGUUUUAACCUUUUUUGGUUUAAUUAAACCUACCUUUCAUUUGGGGCAGAUCGAAAUUCAGUGGUUGAUAUGAGUAGUAUCCGUUUUUAAAAGCUAGACAAUGCUUAUUAUUGUAGAAAAGCGGCGUACGUCGUUAUCCAAAAGGUUGAAGUUGGUGCCGGACGCCUUAAAUCGCUAACGAAGUCGUUGCAAGUGAUGGCUGUCAGACGGUCUAAAGUUGAUGUAGAAUGUCGGAGCGGUCACCACACCUUGUUAUAUACCCAAUGGGUGGGAAUGGCAGCAAAUCGGCACGUAAUUCUAGCCGGGAGGUUGAAAUGAGAGGCACACAACCGAGUUACGUUUUUGGUUACUGUCCCAAAUGUUUGGCUAGCGAUGUAAUGUACUUGGCUACUGAUCGUAUCGAGCGGUCUAAAGUGGUUGAGAGAUAGUCAAAAAAAAAUUUCUAGCGACUUAAAGCUGUCUAAAACUGUUCAGAAAUUCGAUCUAUCCCAAUAUAAGGGAUGCGUUAAUUAAAGUUGUUUCUUAUAGGAAGCUUGUGCAGUUUUGCACGCGUUGGUGCUCUAAAUCGAUUUCAAUCAACGGUUGCUGCAAGUAAGCGUGGAAAAUAUAAUCUAAGUGUUUAUUCCAGACAAAACGGCCAGCUAUAGUGUUGAUCGUGGAAUUGCUGUAGUAAAAAUUGAUGUUCCAAAUGCGAAGGUAAGCAAGUAGUUUUUGCAUUCAGUUUUUAGGAAAAUGUUUUGAAUGAAGAAAUCCGCCAGGAUUUGCCGGCCCUUAUUCAAAAAAUCGAAAAUGACUCCAACAUCAAGGGAUUGGUUAUUAUGUCAGGAAAGCCAAACAGCUUUAUUGCUGGGGCGGAUGUUGGCAUGGUCAAGAAGUUCAAGACAGCAGAAGAGGCACAAAAGUUGGCUCGCGAUGGCCAGAUCCAUUUCGAGAAACUCGAAAAAUCCUCGAAGCCGGUGGUCGCCGCGGUUAUGGGAACAUGUAUGGGAGGAGGACUGGAGUUGGCAUUGGCUUGCCAUUAUCGCAUUGCAGUAAACGACAAGAAGACCAACUUUGCCUUGCCGGAGGUCAUGCUUGGUCUGUUGCCCGGGGCUGGAGGAACCCAGCGUUUGCCAAAACUGGUUAGUCUUCCAAAUGCAUUGGAUAUGGUUUUGACCGGUAGGACUGACAUGUGGAUUGUUAAUUUUGCAGGAAAAACUAUUAAUCCAAGAAAAGCAAAGAGCAUUGGUCUUGUCGAUCGUUUGGUUGAACCAUUGGGACCCGGAGUUGAAGAUCAAGCUGUCAGUACGCAUAAGUAUGUGAUGCAAGUAGCUAUCCAAACGGCCUUGGAUUUGUGUGAUAAGAAGUUGAAGAUUGAACGGAAGAGACCACUGGUCGAGAGAGUAUCUAAUUACUUUUUAACUCGAAGACCACUUCUCGAUUCGGUCGUCAUCCGGUCUGCCAAGGACAAGGUCCUGAAGCAGACCAAAGGCAAUUAUCCAGCUCCUCUGAAGAUCUUGGAUGUGGUUCGGACCGGCUUGGUGGGCCCAAGGGAGACUGGAUAUGAGGAGGAAGCUAAGGUACGUUAAGUUACAUCUGGUUUUAUUUCUUCUUUGUUCCAGGCGUUUGGUGAACUAACUCAAACUCAUCAAGCUGGUGCUUUAAUUGGACUUUUCCAAGGAUCUACUGAAUGCAAAAAGGACAAAUAUGGAGAAUGCCGAAAAGCUGAGUAAGUCAACAACUUUGCUAUCGUGAUUAAUUUCUAGGCAUAUCGGCGUCAUUGGUGCUGGGCUUAUGGGAGCCGGAAUUGCCAAUGUUUCCAUUAAUAGCCAUAUCAGGUAACUUAUUUCUUGCUGUUUUCGCAUUUGAGAAAUUCUUUAGCACUUCCUUGGUUGACGUAUCUCAGGACGGGUUGGAUCGAGGUGUUAAGCAGAUUGCUUCCCAAGUGCAAGGUCAACUCAAGAGGCGGAAGAUUACUGUCCCAGAGAAGGGUGUCAUCUUGUCGCAUCUUCAUUCAGCUUUGAAUUACAAUGAUCUCAACAAGGCCGACGUUGUAAUUGAAGCCGUUUUUGAAGACUUGGGACUGAAACACAAGGUCAUCAAACAAGUAUGUCUGAUUUUCUUGUUUAUGUAACCUCGGGAUGCGUUUUAUCAUAUUGUUUAGUUGGAAGAAGUAAUUCCCGAUCAUUGUGUGAUUGCGACGAAUACUUCGGCUUUACCAAUCAAGGACAUUGCGUCUGUUAGUAAGCGUCCGGAACAAGUCAUUGGAAUGCAUUACUUCUCCCCUGUUGAUAAGAUGCAGUUGCUGGAGAUAAUCACUUCAGAUAAAACUUCCAAGGAAACUCUCGCCUCAGCUGCCAAAUUAGGACUUCGUCAGAAAAAGCUGGUGGUGGUCGUUAAGGUUUGUUUCAAAUUAUGAUCGGGUUUUAAAAAAUACACUCAAAUUAAUAUUUUUUUGUAGGAUUGCCCCGGCUUCUUUGUUGUCCGCUGUCUUGGGCCUAUGCUCAAUGAAGUUGUUAGAUUGAUGCAGGAAGGAGAUGAUCCUAAGCUUGUGGAUAAAUUGACAACAGAGUAUGGAUUCCCGGUAGGUGCGGCAACCUUGGCUGACGAAGUUGGACUCGACGUGGCGGAGCAUGUGGGAACUUUCUUGGGAAAGAGCUUGGGACCAAGACAUCAGGGAGGCUCUGCAGAUUUGCUGGCAGAUGUUGUUGGUGCUGGCUUCAAGGGAAAGAAGACAAAUGCUGGAAUCUAUAAAUACGUACAGGAAGGGAAAAAAACCAAAAAGGUUGCGAACGAAGAUGCGAAGAAAAUCGUUGAAAAAUACAGGAUUUCUCCACCUUCUGGAGUGUCAUCUUCUGAAGAUAAACAGCUCCGUGUCGUUUCCCGAUACGUAAACGAAGCUCUAAUCUGCUUGGAAGAAGAAGUGAUCCGCAGCCCAGUAAGUUAUAUAAACACAUUGGCUAACCCCUUUCCAGUCUGAUGGUGACAUUGCCAGCGUGUUCGGAGUUGGCUUCCCACCAUUCUGGGGUGGUCCUUUCCGCUUCGUAGAUCUUUAUGGUGCCGAAAAACUUGUGAAGAAGAUGGAACAGUUUGGAAAUGCUUAUUCCGAGGUUCAAUUCGCUCCUUGCCAGCUAUUGUUGGACUACGCCAAGUCCGGAAAGAAGUUCUAUUCUUAA